AGUAUAAAAGCAUCCCAGUUUGCGUACCGAGCGCACUCCAAAAUAAAUAUUUCGCUAGGAACAAUAAGUGGUAUUCCUACCGAUUGAAACUCCUUUUUGUAGUUUUUUUAAAGACACAAAAAAAAAAAAUUCAACGUGAAUCGUUAGCGAAAUGAAAUUCCGCGUAUUUCUCUUUGUAUGCGCUGCACUCGUCGCCGUCACUACCAGCAUUGCUAUUGAGGAUGGCAUCGUAUGUCCCAAGGAACAAACGGAUGUGGUGCAAAUUCCGUCGCCCAGCAACUGUGGUAUUUUCUACAAGUGUGAACGUGGGCGGCCAAUAGUGAAUAAAUGUUCACAGGGCCUGCAUUAUAACACGCGUAUCAUGGUUUGUGACUAUCCAUCGAGUGCCCAAUGUGUAGCUGUUAAAUCUGAACAAUAAAUUUUAUUAAAAUCAAAAUUUCUGUUAAUAAAACUUGAUUUUUCUUUGAGAACCACAAUUAAAACAAAAGUAAAAAAAACUAA